AUGUUCCGCAACGCCCUAACAAAAACCCCCCACGACAUCGUGAUCCUCUCAUCCGUGCGCACCCCCAUCACGCGCGCCUUCAAAGGCGGAUUCAAAGACAGCUACCCGGAAGAACUGCUAAUCCCAGCCCUGCAAUCCGCAAUCCAACGCGCGGGCAUCCCCUUCUCCGCGGUAAAUGACGUUUUGAUCGGCAACGUGCUCGCGGAGCUGGGGUUCGCAAAGACAGGACGCACGGCGCUCAAUGCCGCCGGCUUCCCCAACGCCACGACCUUCCAUACCGUGAAUCGGCAGUGCAGUAGUAGCUUGCAGGCGAUUACGCAUCUGGCGCAUGCGAUUGCGGUGGGGCAGAUUGGGGUUGGGCUUGCUGGGGGGGCGGAGAGUAUGAGUAGGAAUUAUAACCCGAGUCGGGGGAUUCCGAGGGAUGUGUCUCCGCUUUUGUUGGGCUCCGGGGUGAAGGAUGCAUUGGAUUGUCUGGUGCCGAUGUUGAGGACGAGUGAGAAUGUUGCGGAGCGGUAUGGGGUUGGCAGGGGGGAGCAGGAUGAGUUUGCGGUGGGGAGUCAGAGGAAGGCCGCUGAGGCGCAGGCCAAAGGGAGAUUUAAAGAGGAGAUUGUGCCUGUGAAUGCGAGGAGGGUGGACGCCGAGACGGGGAAGGAGACGUUUGAGGUUGUGGAUAGGGACGAUGGAGUUAGGGCUGGGGUUACGCUUGAGAAACUGGCAAAGCUGCAGCCUGUUUUGGAGGGGGGGUCCUCUACGGCUGGAAAUUCGUCGCAAAUAUCGGACGGGGCAUCUGCGACUAUCCUGGCCAGCCGGGCGUGGGCUGAGGCGCAUGGGCUCAAGCCGAUUGCCCGCUUUGCAGGGACUCAGGUUGCAGGCUGUGCCCCGGACGAGAUGGGCGUUGGGCCGAUUGAUGCUAUUCGCAACCUCUACAAGCACAGCGGGGUCUCGCAGAGCGACGUGGAUAUCUUUGAGCUGAACGAGGCGUUUGCCAGCCAGUCCAUCCACUGCAUCAGGGAGCUUGGCAUCGAUAUGGCCAAGGUCAACCCGAACGGCGGUGCAAUUGCCCUGGGACAUCCCAUCGGGGCUACCGGAGGACGCCAGACGGCGACGCUGCUUGCAGAGCUGACGAGACAGGACAAGGAGGUUGGCAUUGUGAGCAUGUGCGCCAGUACUGGGAUGGGCGUGGCGUCGCUGUUUAUUCGGGAGUAA